AUGCCUUCUCGUACAGAUUCCCCGUUCAACUUGCAGACAUGUGCUCGACCUAAUAUUCUUGCAUUGGAGCCAUAUCGCUGUGCACGAGAUGAUUAUAAAGAUGAUGGAACAAACAUCCUUCUCGACGCCAAUGAGAAUGCUUACGGCCCAUCUCUUCCAGACAGCGUUACUUCGAACCAAUCCCUCAAUUUCCUUGGGCUGAACCGCUAUCCCGACCCUCAUCAACAUCCUCUCAAAUCUCUCUUAUGCAAAUUGCGCAACACCCACCAUCAUACCGAUUUGCCCCUCCACCCUCUCAACCUCUUUCUCGGCGUCGGUUCCGAUGAAGCAAUUGAUGCUCUUCUCCGCUGCUUCUGCACACCCUCAGUCGAUUCUAUUCUCGUCUGCCCGCCAACUUAUGGCAUGUAUAGUGUAUCUGCGCAAGUCAACGAUGUAGCCCUCGUUAAAGUGCCAUUACUACCAGCUCCUGAGUUUGGUCUCGAUGUUCCAGCUAUUCUUGACACACUGUCGAAACCACAACCAAAGCCCAUCAAGCUCAUAUACAUCUGUUCGCCUGGAAACCCUACUGGAUCCUUAAUUCCAAAAGAACAGAUUGAGCAAAUACUGUUACACAAGACAUGGAAUGGUAUAGUGGUGGUCGAUGAAGCAUAUAUAGAUUUCUCACCUGAGGGAUCAUCACUUGCAGAAUGGGUGAACGAGUGGCCAAAUUUAGUGGUGUUGCAGACGCUGAGUAAGGCAUUUGGCUUAGCUGGUAUCAGACUUGGUGCGGCGUUUGCUAGUGUUGAAGUUGCGGCAUUGUUGAACAACUUGAAGGCACCAUACAAUAUUAGCUCACCUACAGAGGCUCUUGCUUCUCAGGCGUUGAAGGAAGACGGAUUGUCAGUCAUGACAGCACAUAAAGAGAAGAUUGUGGAACAAAGAGAGCGGUUACUAAAUGAAUUGCCAAAGGUCAAGGGUGUGGGGCGAUUCAGAGGUGGCGUAGCCAGUAAUUUCUUGCUCGUGGAGAUUUUGAAUGAGAAUGGGCAGCCUGACAACGAGGUUGCAAGAAAGGCUUAUGAAAGCUUGGCAGAGAACAGGGGAGUCGUGGUUAGAUUCAGAGGAAAGGAACAUGGCUGCCUUGGUUGUGUGAGAAUAACAGUUGGAACGGAAGAUGAGGUAACGAGGUUCUUGGGACAAAUUGGUGGAGUUAUCAAAGAGGUUUGGAAAGGUGAGGGAGCGAAGGUAGAAAGCGCUGAGGCAGAGCAAAAGAAGGAAGUGGCAGCUAAUAAUAUCUUGGCAUAG